UUUCCUUCCUUUUUCUUUCUCUUCCCUCCCAUUUCUCUCUCCUCUCUCUUUCUCUCUCUGGAUCUCUGAUCUAGUUGUCUGAUCAUCUUCUCCAUCAGAAUUCAGCUUCUCCUCUAAGUUUUUGCUUCUACAUCUAGUGGGUUGAUUCUCACUUGUUCUUUGAACAUAGAUCUAUUGUCUAUAUUGAUAUAUAUUACCAGCUAACUUUCAAGGCACAAACAUAUAUAUAUAUAGAGAGAGAGAGAGGGAGAGAGAGAUCGAAUAGUUAUUAGAGAAGUGAUCGAGAAGAUGACUACUACAGGUAAUUUAGCAGGGCAGUUUGGGGACACAACCUAUACCAAGGUGUUUGUUGGGGGCUUGGCUUGGGAGACUCAGAAGGAGACCAUGAAGAAGUACUUUGAGCAGUUUGGUGAGAUCUUGGAGGCUGUUGUGAUCACUGAUAAGACCACCGGAAGAUCCAAAGGCUAUGGAUUUGUAACUUUUCGGGAACCGGAUGCCGCCAUGAGAGCUUGUGUUGAUGCUGCUCCUGUAAUUGAUGGGAGGAGGGCCAAUUGCAAUCUUGCUUCUUUGGGUGUUCAAAGAUCUAAACCUUCUACUCCAAAACAUGCAGGAGGAGGAGGAGGCAGGAACUUGAGAGUAAUGAGCUCUUUUCAGACAGGGUUUCAAAGUGGAGUGGGAACAGCUUUUCCAUCAGCAACAACCUUCCCUCAUUAUGCCAUCCAACAAGGGAUACCCUAUAAUGUCUAUGGUUUCAGGUACUCUCCAUACUCACCAGAUUACUCUUAUCCUACGAGUUACUACAGUGUGUAUGGAGGGGCAGCUGCCCAGUAUCCGAUGUACGGAGCGGGGGCUGGCGGGAUGAUGACCAGUGCAGCCGCGGCGGCCGCAUUCUAUCCGUAUCUAAACUUUGGGGAAGGGAGUGGCGGAGCCACCAACUACACUGCAGCUGCCGGGCAGGGCUACGCGGUCCAGUAUCCACACCACCUCUCCCACUAUUCCGCUGUGAACUCAACCGGAGGCUACCCGAACCAGUAUGGUCCUGUCAUGUCUCUUGCACCAACACCUCCACUGCAUUCAGUUUGUUUUGCUGUGCCACAGGCGUGACCAUGGCUCUACAUGCACCAAUUCCUCAUCGUUAAGAGAUUCAUUGCAAUCUGCUUCGCUACUCUAUUCGAGGUUUCUCAACAACCUUGUGGCCUAACCAUGGUUCUCUCUCUCUCUUCUCUCUCUCUUUCUCUCUCUCUCUCUCUGUCUCUCUCUGAGGCCCAUGCAUGGCAUUUUGGGCAAAUUCCCAAUACAUUCCAGCUCCCCAUAGGAGCUAAAAUCACGUCGAAAAGUGGAGGAGAAUUAUGAAGCAAUCAAUCUUCCUCAUUUCUCUUCUCUUGGAAGGAAAGGUUCCAACAAGAGAAGAAGGAAAAAAAAGCAUGUGCAUCUCAUCACCAACUCAGGCUACCCAAUGAGCUAUGUUGGUACCACAAUGCCCUCUAACUUUUUUAGCCUUGGAAAGGCUAAUCAAAUCAUCUUUUUUUUUUUUUUUUUUUUUUGAAACUUUUAAUUAGCCCAAAAAAGGCUAAGAGAAGAAAAAAAAAAAAAUAUCAUAAUUGUAACAUGGGCUUGCCAGAAAAUGUAAAUGCAACAACAAAUUUCAAGCCUUUUUUCAACUCAUAAUCAGCUAAUCCCUCCAAGUAGUUAAUUUAGCUAAUUAAUCACCUCUAUAUAUACAUGUUGUAUGGAGGCAAUAUUAGCAAAUUAAUCAUGGGGCAUGGGACACCCAAGUUUUUUUUGUACUAACAUAAACCCUAGUCUUAGGAUUUUAAAACUGUUGACUAGUGAAAUGUUUUUUUGAAAGUUUUAUUGAUUUCACUUUCUCACAUAAUCUUUCCCUUGGGGUAAGGGGAGAAAAUGUUACUGAUUGUUGGUAGCUGUGUUUUUUUUUUUUACUUUGUAAAUCAAAUAGUGUGGUUAAACUUUGGGAGUUUUUACCACAGUUGACUGAAUUGAUAGGAGGGAUGGUGUUUAUUUUUUGCAUUUAGGUGUAGCUUUAGUUGUAGGGUUGACAAACAUUUAGUUAGGAACUCCACUAAAUGGCUGUGGAGGUCAAAUGCAUCAGAGGUUACCCUAGGGAGAUAUUUUGGGAACUCUUGGGUACUUCUCCUCUAAUUCACAUCAACCAUGGUUAGGACUCAGGUCAUCCUCUCUCUCUCUCUAUUUUCUCUCUCUCUCUCUCUCUCUCUCUCUCUCCUUUUUCUUUCUCUCUCUUAAACUUCUUCUACUUUGAGAAGGACAUUGAUACUCUCUUUAUAUGUAUAAGCCUAUGGUUUGGAUUGUCAGUAGGAUUAAUGCUGUUAAAAGCAAGAGUAAUUCUCCAUCCAUACUGGUUGAGAAUGGAUACUCUACUUACUAUUAUGUUGCUCAAGUAAAUUAGAGACUUCUUUGCUUAAUUUUGCUAA